AUGACCGACUGCAGGCGGCUCUUGCGGUCGGGGACGCUGGCCCCGGUGCCGGAGCGCCGGUACUGCGGGMCCCGGUACAAAGAGCAUCUGCCCUCCGGGUAUUUCACUGUGCAYAGAAGGCUGAAGUUCCCUAGAUCCCUGAACAGCCAGCGCUGGGUGUUUGUGGGAGAGGGCCUGGACUUCAGGAAAGGCUGUCGGCCUUGUGGAGGUUUAAUGGCUMAGGGCCCCAAGGAGGGCUUUCUGCCCAUGAUUCAUCAUGGAGUCCCUCCACCACCCUCCAAGAAGAGGCCGAAUGAGCUGCCCAAGGAAGCAUCCCUGCUCUCCAGGCUCUCGUGGGCCCAACAGGCUCGGAAGGCUUUUGUGGAGGAUGUGGAAGCCCGCUUGGCUCUGCAUCCCCUGGCUCUCCAUCCCCACCUGGAAGAAGCCAUGCCUGCCCAGCUCUUAUUACAGGUGCUGGAAGUGCUUGAUCCUGAGAGGAAGCUGGAGGAUACUUGGGCUUAUUGUCAGRACACCAAGAAAGGAACAAAGGAGCCCACAAAGCUUUCUAAAAACCGUUCUACCCAAGUGUGCCUGGGACUUCCCAAGAAGACUCCUAUGUCACAUUCAGGCCAGUGGCUUUAUGAAGAAAAGCCAAGUAAAACAGACGUGCUCCAUGAAGAUGGUCCUCUUCUGCAUGAAAAUGUACGCAGAGAAGUUAGUGACUUCUGCAAGUGGGCUACCACUCUUGGAAGUUCAAACAUUGAUGAAGAGUUCAUCUUGAAACAGUUUGACCUUGGCUAUCAGAGCAAACCACCCAGUGAUGUGCUCCGUGUGAUGAGGCUAAACCAGGUUCCUUUGGAGUUGAAGAAGAGUGUGGGGCUAAAUAAGCUACAGGAGGUAGAUUUCUUCCAGAAACGAGAUMAUGAGAGGACACAACGGAAACCACAGAAUCAUUAUAAACCAAAGCCGGUGAAGAUGAGGUAUGGAGCAUGGUAUUUGAACACCAAUUUAUGGAAAAAGCAAAGAGCAGAUGAACCUUUGGUUGAUCCCAGAGUUUCAUCUAAAUCGCAGGAUGAGAAUUUUAAAAAGAAGCUACAGGACCGGGAAGAGUUACUUGCAGAUCUUCAUGGAAUAGAUGCCUUUAAGGAUUUCAUCCUACGCAGGGACUACAGGAUGCCUAGGUUCCUUGAGAAGAUUUAUAUUGGGAAGAAAGAUAAAUGUGCAUAUAAUAAGACUCCUAUAAAACUUACUUGAGCAUAGAAGAAUCUUGGAAAGAUAAUUAGGCAUAUUUUAUUGACUACAUACUUGGCUAUUACUUUCCCGUUUUAAACAUUAAGUAAAAUUUAUGAUACGUGUCCUAAGUGUCUUACUGUGGAUAUACAACUGCAACUUGUCAACAUCCAUAAAUGUAAAAUCUAAUGCUACAAAUAUUUCUCAU